GCGGCCCCGAGGUGGUGAGGGAGCCGCCGGGCCCGGCGGUGGAGCGGCCAUGGCGGGCGCCCUGGUGCGGAAGGCCGCCGACUAUGUCCGCAGCAAGGAUUUCCGGGACUACUUGAUGAGUACGCACUUUUGGGGGCCAGUAGCCAACUGGGGUCUCCCAGUCGCAGCUAUCAAUGACAUGAAGAAGUCUCCAGAGAUCAUCAGUGGUCGAAUGACAUUUGCUCUCUGCUGUUACUCCUUAACCUUCAUGAGAUUCGCCUACAAAGUGCAGCCUCGAAACUGGCUUUUGUUCGCCUGUCACGCGACGAAUGAAGUUGCCCAGCUCAUUCAGGGAGGCCGGUUAAUCAAAUACCGGAUGAGUAAAAAGGCUGCUGCAUAGCGGAGGAGAAUGCUGUUUCUUCUGGACCCCCGGCCUUACCGGCUACAGCUGCUGAGACACAGAUUCCACAGUCACGAAUAACUCGACCGAGAAAAAUAGCACACGGGUCUCAUCACUAACCAGAGCUUUUUCCUUUUAAAAUGAGAUGCUGGACCUGAAUUUUAUUGCCUUACUACUGAAGAUUUAGCUCUUGAUUAAGCAGCUCACAUCAUGUAACUAAUUGAAUCGACUCAAUCAUGGUAUUGAUCUAAAAGACCAUGUAUUUUCUUUAGUCUUAAUCAUGGGAUUUGUUUUAAAGAGAAGUCGAAGAGUAAUAGCCUUCUUACUGUCCACAAGGUGUAUUCAUAAAACGUUGGUUCUGUGGUUGGUUCUGAAAUCAACCGGAUUACCACUAAAGAAAAACAUUUUCCAGCAAGAGAGUUCCUUUAAACAGUUAUCUGUGUGAAUUGUCAUGCAGUUUGUACUAGCCACAUAUUCUAACUUGUCUGAAAUAAAUCAUUUAAAUAUUA